AUGGAAGAUUAUGAAAUAGUAGAGCAGAUUGGGAGGGGAGCUUUUGGAGCAGCUUUUCUUGUUCUCAAUAAGAUUGAGAAAAAGAAGUACGUUUUGAAAAAGAUUCGCGUGGCCAAGCAAACAGAGAAGUUCAAGCGUACAGCGCAUCAGGAGAUGGAUUUGAUAGCUAAACUAAACCAUCCAUAUAUUGUGGAGUACAAGGAUGCCUGGGUGGACAAGGGAUGCAAUGUAUGCAUUGUAACUGCCUACUGUGAAGGAGGAGACAUAGCUGAGAUUAUAAGGAAGGCAAGAGGAGCAUAUUUUCCAGAAGAGAAACUCUGCAAAUGGCUGACUCAACUCUUAUUAGCUGUGGACUACCUACAUUCCAACCGCGUCCUUCACAGGGAUCUGAAGUGCUCCAAUAUAUUCCUCACGAAGGACAAUGAUAUCCGCGUUGGCGACUUUGGUCUUGCGAAACUGCUCUACACAGAAGAUCUUGCCUCAUCGGUUGUGGGCACUCCCAACUACAUGUGCCCUGAGCUCCUUGCUGAUAUACCUUAUGGCUACAAAUCUGAUAUGUGGUCGCUUGGUUGCUGUAUGUUUGAGAUUGCUGCACAUCAACCAGCAUUUAGAGCUCCUGAUAUGACUGGACUAAUCAACAAGAUUAACAGAUCCUCCAUUUCUCCACUCCCAAUUGUAUAUUCUUCUACACUAAAGCAGAUCAUUAAAAGCAUGCUAAGGAAGAGUCCAGAACAUAGACCAACUGCUGCAGAACUGUUAAGGCAUCCCCAUUUGCAACCAUACCUCCUCCGGUGUCGCAACCCAUCUUCUGUCUUUCUUCCAGUGAAGUCUCCUAGCAAAACACAGGAUAAAACAAUGAGAAAAUCAUCACCUAGCAAACUGAAUGGUGGCAAAGACUUCAAAGACGGAGAAAUAGAAGUACUAGGAGAGGCAGGAACAUCUCCACCAUUUAAGGAAAAUGCAAAUAUGCAGCCAAGAAGUUUAUGGAUAAGUGAUAACCCAAUCUUCAACACUAUGGCAGAAGACAACCUUGAGACUAAGAGGGUCGAUCCUACAAGCUAUUCUGCAAAGAUCUCACAUGAUAGUGAAGAUUCAAUCAGUGGGGACACAAGUUGUGAGACAACUGUUUGCUAUGGAGAUGAGCAGGAUAAUAUCAACUGUUUAUCACAAAAGGAAAACACCGACCUUCAGAACAACACGAUGGACACAUCAAAUUCUCAGCAUGAAGAGCAAAAGCAACCUUCUGCUGAAUUUGUUCAACAACUGCAAGAGGGUGAUAUCGAGAGUGAGGCAACAAAGAAUCUGGAGGCAUUAGCAGAAAGAAAGGGGGAGAGUUGCACUUCAGAAAACCGCAGUGGAACUACAAUGUCCAGUGCAGGCUGUAGUGACAAAGUUGAUUCCCUUGGUGAAGAAAAUUUUUCAUCAGUACAAACUGCGAGUUAUGAAGCUGAGGAUGAAUCAAAGUGCUGUUUAGACAAAAUGGAAAAUCAUGUUGCAUGUGCCGACGAAGUCCAAAUAGACUACAUGUCAUCUGAAAGUAAUGAUGCACUUCCAUGUAACGAUGAAGUGGGGGUAAAAGCAGAUAAUAAUAGCCAUUCGAUUGAAACGGAGAAAGAUGGCAUUCAAGUGAUAAAUCAGGCACCAAGUCACAUUUCAGUGCCAAGUACAGUUACCUCAAUAGGAGGUGACGAUACCAAGCGUGAGUCAGAGAGUCCAAGCCAGCAAAGAGCCGAUGCUCUCGAGUCUUUGCUUGAGCUAUGUGCACGAUUACUAAAAGAAGACAAACUGGAUGAGCUUGCUGGUGUGCUUAAACCAUUCGGGGAAGAAGCUGUCUCAUCCAGAGAAACAGCAAUUUGGUUGACGAAAAGCCUCAUGAACGCACAAAAAUUUUCUGGGGAUCCUAAAAUUUGA